AUGGCCUCAAAAUUCAUUCUCGCCUCCUUCAUCAGUCUAGUUGCUGCGCAAAAAGGCUCAACAACAACUGUCUCUAUUCCUUGGGUUGGCAUGGACUAUGAAAAUCUAUCAGUCUUCACCGACAUGUUCGCCUCCGUUGUUACGGCGAACCCCACCGCUACCACUCUUGCGCUCGCCUGCGCUCCUUCUAUGGACUGUGGUCUCUUCCCUGCCGAGACACUCGUCUUCGGUCCUUCAACUUACAACCUCUACAUGGGAGACCCAAGCCCAGAGUCCGACUUUACCGCUACUAUGGACUGUGUGGUUGCUAAGAGCGCGGUGUGCAAGGAAUCCGCUGGUGGUACCGAGGCCAACUUUCCUGGCAGCAGCACAACGACGUAUGAUGCGGAGGAGGUGGCUACAUAUGGCAUAGUGAUUACGGCCGGUGCGGACAAAUUUAACGUACAGGCGGAAACUACUACCACCGAGGCUGCAGCGUCCUCUGCUACGACGAAGACCGUGCACAGCAUGUCUGGAUCUAUGGCGCAAUCUAGCGCAAGCACUGGCGUUGCAGUGGGCUCUGGAAGUGUGAGCCCAACUGGAAGCGCAGCUGUUGUGGAGUCUACUGGUGCUGCGAAUGCUAAUGCUGUUGUUGGUGGUGGGCUCCUGAGCGUUGCUGCUGGUGUAAUCGGUGGAUUGCUGUUGUAA